AUGACAAAACACAAAGGAACUAAAAAGCCAAUUGAUCCAUCAAAGCUAACCCCUCAGUAUAUUGAAGAACAGCGACGAAUACGAAAUGAAAGAAAAGAACAGGAAAGGCUAGCAAGGGAAGCCAAGGGUAUUUUUGACUCUCCUGAGCCAAUUGAAAAGUUUAUCAAACGACCUAUAUUGCAAGUACAGGCUCCAGAGGAGGGUAAAUUCACCUUCAAACUUAUGUCAUACAACAUACUAGCACAGUGCCUAAUUCGUCGUGAUUUAUACCCCACGAAUGGCAAGAUACUUAAAUGGUCAGUUCGGUCGAAAAUCCUACUCGAGGAAUUACAUUGGUAUGACCCCGACGUGCUUUGUUUGCAAGAGUGUGAUAAAGUACAGUAUCUUCAUUUCUGGCAGGAGGGGUUACAGAAAGUGGGGUAUGACUCUAAAUUUUAUCGAUUCAAUAUCAAAAAUCAUGGGUUGGUCAUUGCUUUUAAACAGGAUUGGUUUACUUGCAAGCACCAGUCGUAUAUUAAGUAUGAUCAAGAGUUGGAGUAUGAAACAGAUGAACCAAGACUUCCGGAACCGAGAAUCAUUACAAACAAUGUUGGCUUUAUGUGCUUUUUGGAAUUCAAACCAAAUUUAAUUCUGCAGUAUCCAUAUUUGGAGGAGAGAGGUGGCGUGAUUAUAGGUACCACCCACGCGUUUUGGCACCCGUUUGGGACGUAUGAGCGGACAAGACAAAUGUAUAUCCUUUUGCACAAAUUAAAAGAGUUCGAACGAGUAAUGGCGGUGAUCAGGGGGAACACCAAACCAAUAUACUCCUUCUUUACGGGUGAUUUGAACUGUGAGCCUUUUGAUGCACCAUAUCUUUCAAUGACUUCAAAGCCAGUUCAAUACAAUGAUAAAGCAAGGAAUGUAUUGGGCUGUUCAUUGAGCUACACUUUUUCAAAGGAAAGAGCUUUGGAUGAACACGAGAACCCUAAUGGGGACGUCAAUGGCGACGAGUCUAGCUCCAAUGAUGAUGUUGAGUCAGAGGUUGAGUCACAACAUUCCGAGGAUGGCGAGUCUGCUAGAUUUGAUAAUCCCCUGGAUCCCGAGCCCAGCGAAUUUUCACUCAUGGAAGAACAGAAUAAAUUGAUCCAACUGCUUGAGGAUGCUCAUAAUGGUAUUGACCGUCGAGCAAUAUCGAUGUAUUCUGCUGGAUACGCACAAGUUCACCCAGAGAAUGCCACCGAGUUUCGCAACGAGCCAAGCUUUUCCAAUUGGGUUGAUAAAUGGAGUGGAAUGCUCGACUAUAUUUUGCUAGUUGUGCCCUGGUCCAAGGACGAAGAUUACACGAACGAUUUAGACACCGAUCAAUCACUUGAGAAAUAUAACAUUAAACUCACAAAAUUGCUAAAGCUACCCACUGCAGACGAAAUGGGUCCUAAACCCAAUGGACAACCCCGAUUAUACCAAUACCCUUCUGACCAUUUAUGCAUCAUGGCGGAAAUACAGCUUUUAUAG